AUGCCUAUCAAGCUACCGAAGAGCUUCGCUCGGCGAAAGUCAUCUGGCAACAUUCUGGAGGAUGUGGAAGCCCAACCACAGUCAUCCUUUCGGGUCUUUGAGCGCCCAAGCGCCGAGCGAUCAAUGUCUGACGGUGCUCCGCUGAGCAAACGUUUUAGUGAGGGCAAUGUGGUGCCCUCAGCGCUAGAGGAUUCAGAUAACAUUUUCGCGGGGACAGAACAACCCCUGGGCAAAAUUCGUGGAGCGACAAACUAUGAGAGCUCGACUUCUACUCGGCUUAGCUCCUCAUCGACCCAGCCUUCCUCUACGGAGAUCGCCUCGCCCGAAGAUGCCUCCCCACAUUCCCGAAUGCAUGACAUCCCCGUUCCACCCCCGAUUGCUGCGGGAGGACUACGUGCUGCUGCAGGCAGGACCUUUUCAUUUGGCGCACGAUUCAAAUCUUCUGCUCCGGCUCCCCCACGGCACGCUACCCCGGACCAAUCCACAAGACAACGAGCUGUGAGCGGCACUACGGAUGAAACAGCCACCCCGCCAAAGCUCACGGACGAGGAGUUCAGCUUGGGAGGUGAUGAUUUUGGAAAGAUGUUUGAUCAUUUAGGAAAGCGAGAAAGUGUUCUGAUGCGAGACCCUUCCCCUCAGCCGGCCAAUAAAUUAGCUUCUACUCCGCCAACGCAAGCGCUACCAGAUUUCUACAAUACUAGCCGUGCUGCACGGCCUCCACCUAUUGAUAUAGAUCGAUCAGCGCCUGUCGAGCCGCCUCCUCACUCGUGGAAUAGCCGUCACUCGGAGGAGGGCUUGCUUAAUAGCCCCGGAGAGAACGACAUAUACUCGCCCGCUCAGUCUACUCCUGAAACGGUGACUGGUUUCCGUCGACAAUCCCCAGCACCCAACCAAAUGCUUGGUGCUACCACCUCACACCGGGCUUUGGACCGGCCCAAAAGACAGUCGGAUAUGGGGUUGCGACGAAGCAUAAUGUACUAUGGAGACCGAGACUCCACUGCAAUUGACGAUGAGGACGCUGCGAUGGUCAAAAGCUCCCUUAUGUGGAGUAAAGAGAGCGGUUCUCCCCCGAGACAGACUGGGGGUAUAUCUCCGUCCGGUAGCACCCCACUUCUCAAGAAUGGUCAUGCGGGCAACUCUGCGAGCAACUCUGCGCAAGUCAGCCCAGAACCGGAAUCAAUGUUCUCGAACAUACAAUCACCUGCUAUAAAUGAUCAUAUGGAAAAUGCACGGCUUGCGGUUCAAUUUGCGGAGAGUCUACCCAAGUCGGUGUCUCCUGGCAACAAGGUGAUGACUCCAUCCCAAUUUGAGCAUUAUCGCCAGCAACAGGAACUCCGACGUUCAAACAGCGAUGCGUCUGAUAGCGAGGAUAACUCAGAUCAUGAUGAUUUUGAUGAACAAGAUGAGGCCGAAAAGCAGCGUGAGGCGGCACUGCAGCGACGGAAGCAAGAGGCCCAUUUGUCCGUAUAUCGCCAGCAGAUGAUGAAAGUGACAGGCCAGCAAGCUCCGUCGCCAUCGCUCCGUCCGGUGAUGAGCGGCGCCAGCAGCAGCACUCCCAACCUUCCCGUCUUCCUAAAUAGCACGGGUGACAAGUCCUCAAGCGGUAAAAGCCAUGAGGGUGGUGAUGAUGAAGAUGUUCCGUUGGGGAUUCUUGCAGCUCAUGGUUUCCCUAAUCGCAACCGGCCGCCUACCCGCUUAGCCAACGCAAGCUCCAACCCGAACCUUCGUGCCUCUAUUAAUCCCUAUGCAUCAUCUUCCAGCUCACUCGUGGGUGUCGAGCAGGACCAACGAGGCAGCCUGCCCGUUUUCGCCAGGAACCUCCCUCGGGAUCCCUAUUUUGGUGCUAGUCUGGUCAAUUCAACCAACAGGGAGUCUUUGGCUAUGGGCGGUGGCUCAGUAUAUGGCGGUCCUGCCUCUUCACCGGGGCCUCCUGGAGGCCUUAUUGGGGUGAUUGCGCAGGAGGAACAGGCGCGGGCUAUGAGACGAGGCAGCCCAAAUACUCAAGCAAUGUACGAUAUGGGAGCUGUACCCCGGCCAUUCUCCAUGAUGCCACCACCACCACCUCAGCAAGCAAUGACUCCGGGGGAGCAGGCUCAGGCUCAACUGACGGCCCAGAUGUCCGAAAUGAUGAACAUGCAGAUGGAGUGGAUGCAGAAGAUGAUGGCCAUGCAGGGCAUGCACGGUCCUCCACCGCCCAUGAUGCAAGGUGGUAUGGCAACACCCCCCAUGAUGGGUGGUGGGCCUAUGCCGGGAGCUCCCAUGGGCCCGCCUUCUAUGGCUGGUCCCAUGAUGGUCGGCCCUAUGAUGACAGGCCCUCCUUCCAUUUCUGGACAUUCUAAUAUGAGACCAGUCUCCAUGCCGGGACUUACACCCAAUGCUCCCAACUUUGACCAACGUACUUUGAGCAUGAUCGACCCAAACAUUGCCAUGCGUCGAACUGGUUCACCAAUGCCCAAUCUGUCUGGCGGGUCUUAUCAACAACACUCACCGGGAUAUGCUCCAUCGAUUGCUCCCUCGGAGCGUAGCAACGCAGGGCUCUCAUCUCGGUACCGCCCCGUUUCCGCCCUUCCAGGCGACCUCAACCACCAUGCCUCACCACUACAUAAGUCCUGGAACGAUGAAAAUCGUCCCAAUGCGCACUUGCCUAUGUCCAAGUCAACUGGAAGCAUCCCGAAAUCAAUCUCCAUUGCUACUGUGACCGUCAGACCUGAAUCACAAUCUAGUCAAGCCGGUCCUGGCAUCCGAAAGGUGCAGAAUGCGUCUGAUGAUGAAGAUGACGAUGAGGCCUGGGCCGAUAUGAUGAAGAAACGAGACAAGAAGAAGAGCAGCUGGAAACUGAAGCGAGGAACUUCAUCUUUCGGAGAUCUGUUGAGUGUCGUGCAUUAG